GGGAGAUUCUUGCAGUAAGACCGCGACUGGGGAGGGUUCAGGCCCAUCAAGCGGCUAAAUAUAUGUCCGGCCUGCUCGCGUUAUGGCUCUGCCCCAUGGUUAUGAAGCUCAUAGACACUAUACCAAUGGAGCCGACUACACCUGAUACCGAGUCAAGGUCCUCUUCAAAUGUGGGAAAGUCAGCGGCAAUAACGCAUGGGAAAGGAACGGCACAAUACACGAGUGCAAAACUUCAGCCAGACGUACACAAACUCGUACACCCAAUCUUCCAACCUAUAUCCGAAAAGAGUACAUCAAGUACUCGUCCCAACCAAUCGAGGAGCGGUGAUGCAAGCCCAGUCCAUCCCAUGAUAUAUACCCAUGACACAUUCCAUACAUAAUCUAUCCAGUGCACCCUAUACACACCAAUCAAUAAACCCCUAAAAGUCAAACGGCGUAAAAAUAUCCGUAAACCACCGAUUAUCCAUCAAAUCCAACCCAAACUGCCCCAACUCAACCUCCCCAACGCCAGCACCACCACCCAUCCCAGCCCCGAGGACA